GAGUCCGUAUUGGGAACAUGUGAAAGAAGCUUGGGCAAUGACCAAACACAGAACAAACUUAUUAUUUCUCUUCUACGAAGAUUUGAUAAAAGAUUUACCUGGAAACAUCAAAAAAGUCGCCGAGUUCUUCGGUAAAGUUUACAGUGAUGAGCAGAUUGUUAAAUUAGCGGAACAUUUGAAAAUAGAGAAUUUCCGAGAAAAUCCUAUGGUAAAUAUUAAUUCUAUAAAAGGGUUUAUUCGACAAGGAAAGAUAG